UCAGAGCACUUGGGUCAAGGUUAGACGCACGCCAUUAUUAAAAGAUGGCCGAAGGAAACAGGAAGAACGACUCAGAGAAAGAAAACAACGAUAGAAAUCACUCGUUGCCUGUUAUUGGAGAACACUAUUUGGUAAAAAGGUGUGAUAAUUCACUCCAUGCAGCUGAAAUAAUUCAGAUUAGACAAAGUGAAACUGGAACACAAGAAUUGUAUGUGCACUAUGAAGGCUUUGAUAGGAGACUUGAUGAAUGGGUGGACUUGGACAGGUUGGACUUGCAAUCAAAGCUUGAAGACCCACAAAGCAAAAGUGGGGAACUGACCAUCUCUCUCUCAGAUUUUACUGAUGGAACAGACAGAAAGAUUACCAGGAAUCAGAAGCGCAAGCAUGAUGAAAUCAACCAUGUUCAAAAAACAUUUGCCGAGAUGGACCCCACAACAGCAGCUCUGGAAAAAGAACAUGAAGCUAUCACAAAGGUGAAGUAUAUUGACAAAAUUCAGUUUGGCAAGUAUGAGAUUGAUGCAUGGUACUUUUCCCCCUACCCUGAGGAGUACGGCAAACAGCCGAAGCUUUGGAUAUGUGAGUUUUGCCUGAAGUACAUGAAGCUGGAGAAGUCCUUCCGCUACCACCAGUCCCAGUGUACAUGGAGACACCCACCGGGAAAAGAAAUCUACAGAAAGGGAACAAUUUCCGUGUUCGAGGUUGACGGCAAGGACUGGAAGAUUUACUGCCAAAACCUUUGUCUUCUGGCCAAGCUGUUCCUGGACCACAAAACAUUGUACUUUGACGUGGAACCCUUCAUGUUCUACAUCCUGGUGGAGGUGGACCGCUACGGCUGCCAUCUUGUUGGCUACUUCUCCAAGGAAAAAGAAUCUCCAGACGGCAACAAUCUGGCCUGUAUCUUGACCUUGCCGCCACACCAGCGCAAGGGUUACGGAAAAUUUCUCAUUGCCUUGAGCUACGAGCUGUCUAUUAUAGAAGGGGUGGUUGGGUCUCCGGAGAAGCCUUUAUCUGACUUGGGGAAGUUGAGUUACCGCAGCUACUGGACGGCAGUUCUGUUGGACUGUAUUUACAAGAUGGGGGUCAAGGUCAGCAUGAGAGACCUGGAGAAGGUGACCUCCAUAUCGUACAGCGACGUGGUCAGUACGCUGCAGUCACUCAACUUGAUCAAGUACUGGAAAGGGAACCACAUUCUGUGCGUGACGCCCAAGCUCAUUGAGGAGCUGUAUCAGAAGAUUUGUAAGAGGCAGAGCGUCACGGUCGACCCCACCUGCCUCAGGUGGGAGAAGCCGGUGGCUAAACCUGCAGUCAAGGUCGCCAAGAGGUGAAGGCCGUCUGGUGACAAGGCAGUUUGAGUCAAUUAGAAUUCAUGUACCGAAAAAGUCUCGUAGAUGUCAUCGCUGAUGGUUAACAUGAUUGUUAACACGAUGAUAUCUUGUUAGAGUCAAUUUUGCUGUAGGGUAAUAUAGCAGUCAACACGAUGUCAUUGCGACUUAGAUAUGACUAUGAUCAAAUCCGAUGGACUUGCUUCAGUUACAAGUUCAUCUAUAAAUUUUAAAAAGCUCCAUCAUUUGAAGUCCAAGUACUCAACUUUUUCAUUAAAAAAUAUGAUUUUGCUUCAAUUAUUAGCUGAUCUAUUAAAAAGUAAAAAUAAUGGCUUUACAAUUCAUUUUCAACAUCCUAUUGAUUAUCCAAAGAAAGAAGAGAAUACUUUGUUUACCCUGUGUUUAUGGGUUUCUCAUGUGUGAAGUUGAGAUAAAAGGUGUCUAACUCAGUGUACAUAGCAAUUGUUGUAGUUGUAGAAUUAGAACACAAAUUGUUGAACAAGCUUCAUCCUCAUUGUUGUUGGUCUUUUGUACACUUCUGGGCAUUUUUUUAAUAUCAAGAAUAAAUCAAGUUUCCAAUGUGAA